AUGGGCCGCCGCAAGAUCUCGAUUGCGCCAAUCAAAGACGACCGCAACCGCCAAGUGACCUUCCUCAAGCGCAAGAACGGCCUCUUCAAAAAGGCUUACGAGCUGGGCGUCUUGUGCUCGGCGGACGUGGCGGUCAUCGUCUUCAAUGCGAAUGGGAAGCUCUUCGAGUUCCACUCGGGCGACAUGGACGCCAUCUUGCUCAAGUACUCUCACUAUGCCGGCCCGCCGCACGAGAAGCGCGGCCCGGAGGACUACGUCAACAAGGACCUCGACGCCGCGACGAAGCGCGGUCUCGGGGGCAAGAUGACCAACAUGACGGACGAUGACGACGAUGACGACGACGACGAGAAGCCGCUCGUCGCGACGGGCAGCUCGGGCGUGCGGAUGCUCCCACAGGCGAGUCGGGGGAAACAGGCUAUUCGGGCGGCGGCGGAGAGGAAGGCCAAGGAGGCGGAGAGGAGUAGGGGGCCUAGUGAGGAGGUUGGAGGGCCAGAGGCGUCGGGCAGCAGGUCGGGAUCUUUUGCGGGUCAGGGGGCGGGUCCUCCGCACGACACGCUGCCGAACUUGAACGGCCUGCCUCAACCCCCGCCUUCCGCCCAGCAACCGCCUCAGCUCCCGCACCUUCCGUCUCUCGGUUUCGCCUCGAACGCUGCCGGUCUUCCCUCCCUCACAUCGCAACAACCCGGACUCCCUCAACCCUACGCCAGCGCAAUGCCCUUCGGCGUCUCAGCUUCUCCGAUCGCCCUUCCCUCCUGGGCAGCCGCAGCCGCCGGUCUCACCGUACCACCAGUCGGCUUCAGCCUCCCCGCCGGCGUAGCAGGCUGGCCCGCUCCGUCCUUAUCCUCCGGACAGCCCUCCUCGGCGAACGCAGGCGCAGGCGGCGUUCCGGCGUGGUUCGCAGGCGGAGGGGCGAUGCAGAUGUCGGGUGCGCAGGCGUUGGGUGGACAACUUGUGCAGGCGCCGCUGCAUUUGCUGCAGCAGAUUGGCGGAGUACCGGGAUGGCCGCCUGGAGCGGCGGGGAUGCUGGAUCCGAACGUAGCGCUUCAGGCGUUCCAGCAGCAGCAACAGCAACAACAGCAGCAGCAGCAGCAUCAGUCCGGCUACCACGAUGGAGCUCGACCGCAGUCGGGUCCUGCGACUCAGCCGACGCCCGCACCGAUGUACGGUACUCCCGCCUCGAUGCCUCCUCCUCCCGCAACGCAGCACAACACCCCGCCCGUGUACGCCGAGCAAUCGCACCACGAGACUCCCCGUCCCUCCAGCGUCGCAUCGAUGGCCUCGCACUCGCAGUCGCAGAACACGAUGUCCCCCGCGACCCACUCGACUCCUCACCUAGGCCAUGCGCAGCCCAGCGCUCCGACGAGGAGUAACUCGCUCAACGCGGGAUCGAAACCGAGGUUGUCGGUGGCGAUUCCCGCAGAGACGGCCAAGCCUGGGUUGGUGACGGCUGGAGGGGCGUCAAUUCUUGGGGCGGGUCUUGCGGCGCGGGGAGGGCAGGCAGAGGGUCAGACGCAAGUACAGCCAACGCAGGAGGCUACCGAGAACAACGGCAUGCCCCGAUCCGCUUUCGCAGCCGACCUCCUCCCCUCUCCCUUCUACCCAAACCCGAUUCUCCCCGGUUUCGGCGCGACCUUCCUCCUCCCCUCCGCCGGCCCUGCGACGACCCAAGUCUUCCAAUGGCCAUCGGCCGUCUCCUCCGCGCCUCCUCCACCCGCCGCAGCAGAUCAGCAGAAUUAUCGACCCGCCCCGAUGCUCGGCGAGGCGGAAGCGCCUGAUCUCUUGCGCCGCAGGUCUUCGGAGCAGUCGACGAACGGGCUGGCGGAUCUGACGCAGGCUGCGGCGGCUCUCGAAGGAGAUGCGCGUACGAGAGGUGUCAAGCGCGGAUCGAGGGACGAGGAGCGCGAUGAUGGAGGUGCGGGAGGAGGCGAGGAGGGGGAAGAGGGAGACGAGGCCGGUGCGAAGAAGCACCGCGCUGCGUGA